CAAACAAGUAACGCCCAGAUUGAAGGCGGGAAAAUCUUCGGAGAAAGCCUCCCCGCAAUCUUAUGACUUCAUCUUUAGGGCUGGCGGAUACUCUUAUCCGAAUAGAGUAGCCUUUAAAUGCAGUGGAGAGCAUAUACGGGUGCAGAAAAAUUCCUGAGACGUUUUGCGGCAUAAGAAAAGCUCUGCUCUUGACGGUGCGAACACACCAGAUCUUGUCAAAUUCAGCCCGGUAUUUGUAUAAGAAAGUGCCACUCGGACCCGUGCGAUCCACCAAAUUGAAAUCGAAAGAGAGAAAAGACAAUUAGAUAUGCGAGUCGUGGUCUUUGGAGCUACGGGCGUUCAAGGCGCGGCGCAGGUAGCCGCCGCUGCUCGUGCCGGUCACCAGGUCGUGGCGGUAUCACGCAACCCCAAACCCAUCGUUAUCGAUGGAAAGGAGGUUGAGACUGCAGCGGCAGAUUUUACUGAUGCCGAAGCAAUCAGGAAGGCUCUGAAAGGAGCAGAUCGUUUGCUCGUCAACUUGCCAUCGACAUCUUUCCAUCCGGCGGAGCCCAUCUUCGAAGGUGCUAAAUUGAUCGGCUCGGCCGCAAAGGAAGCGGGCAUACCACUCAUCGUUUUUAACACUUCAAUGCCAGUGCCGGUUGAGUCGCAAGAUGUGAAAGCCCAGGACGAUCGGCGGAUCAUGAAGAAGCUGCUACGCGAUUCCGGGGUGCCGGUCAUUGUCCUGCAGCCUGUGUGUUAUCUGGACAAUCUGCUGGAGGGAUGGGCACUUGGGCCAUUGCGGGAUCACGACACGGUCAAGUACUGCCACGUCCCCACGUUGAGAAGUUCGUGGAUCUGUCAUCAAGACGUAGCGGCGCUUAUGCUCAGUGCGAUGGAGAGGCCGCACCUUGCAGGACGAGAUAUCCGUAUUGGCGGACCGGAGACGGUGACGCUGCAGGAACUGACGGACAAGCUUUCCAAAGGCUGGGGUCGGCCCUUGAAAUGCGAGCACCAGACUGUGGCAGAUUUCUGCAACGAGAUCAGCAAUACCAUGAAGGGGCGCGGGCUUGAGACGGAUCGGAUAAUCAAGCAGAUGUUCAAAGCUUACACGUAUUACAAUGAGGUUCCCGAGUUCGCCAUCGAUAUGGAACCGGUUUUGAAAGAGCUACCGGCGAAGCUUACGACGAUCGAGGAGUGGGCUCGGACGCAUCCUGUCCCUGGCUGGAAAUGAUAAGAACUGAUACAAGAUUUUUUUUUUUAUCACUGUCGCGCGGAUCUGACAGAUCGAAAGACAUAGUAUCAACAUCACACCAUUGUGCAGUAUUGCGUUCCUAAAUCAGUACCAAUUUUGAAAUCCAUCUUAUUCCACUCCUUCAGUCAGUCGCUGGGAUAACACACCCUUUGAGUCCACCCGGAUCGCGAGUAUUGAUCAAUGGAAUUGUGUC